AGCGUGAGUAGUGCGGGAAGGUGGGACGGUUCAAGAGCCGGCCCGUGCCUCCUGUACGCCACAAGGAGUAGCCACAUUCCGCCGGACUCGCCGAUAAUACGAGACAAGUUCGGCAACAAACUCGGCAAGGUUGCCGGUCCCUACCGUGAGGGAGAGCCACUGACCUUAACUUGCGAGGUCAACGGAGGCGUGCCCGAGCCCAAGGUCACUUGGUGGCGCAAUGCGAGUACGCAGCUCCCCAGCAGGGCGGACAGCUCGUCCCAAGGCGUGACCCGAUCGACGCUGCAAGUGGCGCAGCUGCACAGGCGGGACCUCAACGCCAGCCUCACGUGCAAAGCGUCCGAUCACAACGGGACCUACGCCGUCGCGGCGUCGGUUACCCUCGACCUUUACCUGAAGCCGUCGACGGUUCGAAUCCGGUCCAAACAGCGUCCCCUUGCGGCGGGACUGGCCGCCGAGAUCGAGUGCGAGGCGGCCGGAUCCCGACCUGCACCCGUGAUUACCUGGUGGAGGGGCAAGGAGAAGCUGCCCACGAGCCACUUCAAGAUCUUGCUGAUCGGCAACCGAAUCUUCUCCGUGGUGGCCUACACACCAACACGGGAGGACAAGGGCAAGAAACUGCGCUGUCUGGCUGAGAACCCCAACUUGAUCGGCAGCUCAAUUGAGGCGUCGUACAUCCUUGACGUUUACUACAAACCGGUGGUGAGGCUGCAGCUGGGGAAGCGUCUUCGGCUAGAGGAGAUUUUCCAGGGCCAGGACCUGUACCUGGAGUGUAGCAUCGACGCCAACCCAAGCGUCUCCGAGGUCGUCUGGAGGUUCGAGGGAAGGGAAGUGCGCUCGAAUCCAGCAGCCAAGGUCAUCACCAGCAACCAGUCUCUGGUCUUCCAGGCUAUCCAGAGGCAAAACGCGGGACGCUACAUUUGCGUCGCGAUCAACUCCGAGGGCGAGUCUGAAAGCAACGAGGUUCAUCUGAGAGUGCAAUAUUCGCCGGUGUGUUCGUCUCGGCAGCGCACCGUGUACCCGGCAGCGGCGCACGAGAUGGUGCAGGUCUCGUGCGACGUGGACGCCCACCCGUCCGUGGUGAGCUUCCGCUGGGCCUUUAACGGCACCUUGCGGAGCCAUGAGGUGCAGAGCUUCGUGUCCGAAGGUGGCCGUAGUGUGGCCUCGUACGUGCCCCGGGAAGAGGCCGACUACGGCUCGCUCCUCUGCUGGGGCGCCAAUGAUAUGGGCACCCAGAAGACGCCCUGCCAGUUCAAGGUCACGCCGGUCGGUCCUCCUCUGGCGCCUUCCAACUGCACGCUGAGCAACCAGACGGAAGAGGCCUUCCUGGCCGAGUGCCGCGAGGACCACAUCGGCGGCCCCAGGCAGCUGUACUCGCUGGAGGUGCACGACGUCUCCUGCCACCGGCUGCUGGCCAACCUGACGGCAGACCGGCCGGCCUUCUGGGUCCAGGGAGUGCCGGCGGGCCUCAACGUCGUGCUCGUGCUGUACGCCGCCAAUCGGAUGGGCCGCUCGCAGCCCGUCCUGCUCAGGGCCGAGGCCGCAGACCGCCACUGGGAGGGCCUUCGACACGGAGGUGAAUGGAACGGCUGCGAGCGGAGCAACUAUCUGGUGGUUAUUCUUGUCGCAGUCACGCUCAUCACCGUCUUUCUCCUCUUUCUGCUCGUCAUCGUCACCAGGUGUCGCAACAAGAAGAGGUUAAAGGAAAACAUCGGCAAUAAAAUAGUAGAAAACGGCAAAGCUUCAAUGCCUGAACUCUGCACGGAUACAAGGGACAGCAAGAACAUCCUUUGGCCGGUCUAAAAAAUGGGGAAAAAUGACACUAAAAUAAUUUGGUUGUCACCAACGUUGUUGGUGAUAAUAUCGGCAUUCUUAUCGUCUCCAUGCUUAUCAAGUACACUAUGGAGAGACUAUCUAACUUAAAAACCACUGUGUUGUCCACUGUGUGGAUGUCGUAAUAUUCCCACCGAUGGAGCGUGGGCCCUGAUAUAAAAUUGUGCGUCUAUUAAGAUUAACCUGCGCACACAAUAGAAAACAAUAAAGGUUUUUAUCAACA